UUUCGUUUUGUGUACUCUCUCUGGCUUGCAGUUAGGGUCGCGGGAGUCAGCGCUUGAAAUCGACGGCUUCUUAUAGUCGAAGAAACGGACGUCUCUGUUUUGAGGUCUCAAAAAGAACACUGUCAUCGUAGUAGAGAAGCCUGUGGAAAUCCAGAGUUAAAAUGUCAUUCCCGACAACAUCCAGCGGGCAUUAGUGGGUAGAUGGGGCAGCGAAAACAAUGAGCCCGUGUGUGCCGGCAAGAUGCAGCCACCGCCGGACGACCGGAACGUGUGGGAUGUGACACUUUUUCGAGCUUUGUUUGGUGCAUAGUGCAAAGCAUAACCAUUAUGGGAAGCAGAGUGGUGCAUGAAGCUGGCCCCGGUGGCUGAACAGGGCUGCAAAGAAUGCACUUCUCCAGGGUGGUAAUCAGUAAACUCUGUUUCUUGCUGUCCCUCGCCUUUUCUGCCUUCCUACUGGUCCUGAUUCCAGGCCUCCAGCCUCUUCGAAGAUCAGGUCACCUUCCCCAGCCAAGGCCUCAGAAUAAGUCAGGCGGGGGACAAGGAGGCAGCAGCAUGUGGACUCCGGCGGGGUUGAAAACCCACAAUGACAAGUCUAUAGCUGUAACAUGGGGAAGAAAAAGUAAGGCUGGAAACUCUGAAUUCAUGGGCAGAAACGUCAGUGGUCAUGACCCUCCAAGGAGAGGAGCACUGGAUUUAAACCACCAGCAGCAAUUGCCCAGUAAUGAACCCUUACAUUUAGAGGACAUUUUUAUUGCUGUGAAAACAACAAGGAAAUAUCACAAGUCUCGGCUAGAUCUGCUGUUUCAGACCUGGAUAUCGAGAGCCAACGAAGAAACUUUCAUAUUUACAGAUGGAGAAGACAAAGACCUCAGAAUAAAAGCAGGAGAUCGUCUGAUUAACACCAACUGUUCAGCCGCUCACACUCGUCAGGCCCUGUGCUGCAAGAUGUCUGUGGAAUACGACAAGUUCAUUGAAUCAGGGAAAAAGUGGUUCUGCCAUGUGGACGAUGACAACUAUGUCAACCUUGUCGGUCUGAUACGCUUACUGUCCAGGUAUUCCCACACUCAAGAUGUGUAUCUUGGGCGACCCAGCCUGGAUCACCCCAUAGAGGCACCGGAAAGAGUCAAAAGUGAUGGCCUGGUAUCAGUAAAAUUCUGGUUUGCAACAGGUGGUGCUGGAUUCUGCAUAAGCCGUGGAUUGGCCCUAAAAAUGAGUCCUUGGGCCAGCUUGGGGAACUUUAUCAGCACUGCAGAGAAAAUUCGACUCCCUGACGACUGCACCAUUGGCUACAUUAUUGAGGCCUUACUGGAGGUUCAAAUGAUUCACAGUCAUCUCUUCCACUCUCACCUAGAGAAUCUACAGCGACUUCCUACUGAGGCCGUACUUCGACAGGUAACACUAAGCUAUGGUGGCGCUGAAAACAGGAGAAAUGUUGUCAGUAUAGGAGGAGCUUUUACUUUGCAGGAGGACCCAUCAAGGUUCAAGACAAUCCACUGCCGUCUUUACCCAGAUACUGAAUGGUGCCCAAGCCAGAAGAGGACGUGAUGUCAAGCAUUCUGUCCACACCUGGAUGUCUGAAUCUGUUUUCAGAAAACUUUUUUUUUUUUUUUUUCCCCAAUGAGUUCUUUUGAGAUGAAAACAAACUCCUUAAUUUAUAAAAAUGUUGUAUAUAACGCAAUGAAAAAGUUAUUUAAACUAAAAAUCACCAUAAAGACAAAAACAGCAGCACUGGGGAUCUCCAGGAGAGCACGAAUCAAGAUUUUCAUUAUUUUGUUCAGGAAUUUGGAGAAACGAGGCGACUAAUGGCACCGGCUGGUGUCUGCAGAUGUCAAGCUUAUUCACAGGAUGGAAAUUCAAAUUUGAAACUGGAAGUGACAACCGUAAUUACUCCACUCUGCAGGACAGCGUGGUGUUUGAUCUUUUAUGCAUGUUUCUAGGCUUUCUUUUUCUAAGCCUAGCUGAAAGGUUUAUAUAUAUAUAUAUAAUUUCUUUUUCUGUAAACUUAGUUUGCAUUACAAUUUUAUGUUGUAGUCAUUUUUGUGGUAUGGUUAAUUUGGUGCAAUAUACAAUAAGUGGAAGGAUCUUUAAAAGCGCAUUUGCUGCUAUUUGUUGUUCUUGAAGCAAAUCGUUUUUUUUUUUUUUUUUUAUAAAAUGUAAAAAUGAAGUAUGAAGAAUGAAGGUCUUACAUUUCUAUAAAUUCUGCACACGUAAUCCUUCAGGUUGCUCUGUGCAUGUAUUGGUGCUCAGCUAGAAAACACCAUUUUCUUUAAGGGGGUAGACAAUCUUUCCACUUUUUUGGGAUUGUGAAGACCAGCGUGCAAGUGAAUGCGUUUCUUUCAUGACUUGUGUUUCGUUAGUUUUACAGUACCUGCUCGUUCCUGCUUGGAGUCACAGAGGGAUAACUUGGCGCUAAGCGGAAUUGAGCCACGCUGCGUAGACCACACACAUCCGCUUCAUAUUGUUCACUGCUUUCCACUCUUCAGCAUACGUGAGACACAUUUGCAGUCUUCUUCAGUGACAGCAGUCCUGCGGGGUAAGACAGAAAAGAUGAGCAGGAGCCGUUGUUAGCGCUGCCAGGGAAUAGUCAUUGCUGAGGUUCAGAUUAAGAGAAACUUAUCCUUGAACUAUCGUCACACAUCUGAUUGGCAGCAAAGAGGUUGACAGAAGUGUUUGACGGGAGUGGUGUCCACAUUCUGAUAACUACGAGUGCACGCACUCCCAAGGCCACCUGUUUGCUUUGUGACUGCCAGGCAUUGAAUCUGUGGAAACCGAGGGCUUUCAAUAAUAGCAUGGAGGUUGUUCUCUCUCUGCCUCCUCUUUUCUUCUUCUUAGAGACAGCUGGACUGGCAUUUUGAAGAAAAAGAAUGCUGAUCAUGAGCCCCGAGCCCCCCAGCUGCCCUAACUAAGAAGACAGCACUGUGAGUGUCAGUAACUGCGUCCGCAUUACCUAGAAACCACUGCGCGUGUAAUAAAUUCAGGCCCUGUUACAAAUGAGCACAACUCCUUAAGCAUGAAAGUAAGUGGAAACGUGGGCACAUUGUUCUGUCGUAGAAACAGACUGCCGGCUUUACCAAAGGAUAAGAAAAAACAACACUUUUUAAGCCAUCUUUUAAAUAUACAUCAGCUGUUUAUGUGCCGUUAUGUCAGAAGGAGGUCGUGAAUUUUGAAAAUUUGGAGCGCUCAAGUGUUUAAAAGGCCAGGCAACGCAGGAGGGAGCGGGUUCAUCAGUUUUAAAAAGUGUUUUCCUGUGGCAUUCAUGAAUAAAAAUGAAUAAUAACAAGUAGACCUUAAAAAAAGAAAGCUUCAACUUGUAAGUACUGUGUAUGCUUUUUCGCCCGAGAGCUUUCACUUUCAAAUGAGCCCUAAGUGCUUCAAGGGAAGGAAAAACUUAACAGCAUGUUUCCGAAUAUGCAAUUAAUUUUCAAUUCUACCUGCUGCCAAGGCAGUUCUUUUGUGUUGCAGCUUUUCAAUUCCUGCUUUUUUUUGUGACAACUGCACAAUCUCCAUAGUUAGGAAGGCUGCCUAUAAAGAGAACAUUCUGGGGCAUAGUAUGGGUCUGACUGUUGCUUUUUCUCUCGUUAUCUUUUUAUGGAUUUAACGUUAAUUCUUAGCCUACAAAAGGUGUACUUUUCAAAGUUGGCUGCAUUGUAUUGGAAUUCUUUGCACAAGGGAGGUACUGAACAGGCUGAUGCAGAAAUGUAUGUAAUGCCGCAUACUUGUUUUGGGGAGCCAAAAACGUGAAUUCAAAUAAAAGUCAAAUGCCAAAACGAA